AUGAGCACACAACUGAAUGAAUUCCAUUCACUUCUGGAGAAGGUCUACCACAACAUGGGAGCAACUAAAGACCAGAAUAGUAACUCAAACUAUAGUCCCAUCAGUCAGGCUCUUACUACAGAAGAAUAUAUAAAGUACCAUCUUGCAAUGGUUUUGAGAUUGAUCUGUUCUCAAACACGAGCAGUUCUGGCAACAAUGCUAUUGAUGGUCAAUGAGAAUGCCUUCUUGUCAUCCAACCAUCUCAUUGCUGAUAUAGUGCAAAGCUAUACAUAUCAGCAAGCUUAUGUAAAGUCUGUUUUGUCUACAGUUAUAGAAGAGAAAGCCCAAAGACAUGUUUUGUAUAUGCUUCAAAGGGCAAAAGCUUUGCCAGAAAAGAUAGCUCAACUGUUGUGGUGGUUGAAGUUGAAGAAGUUUUUAAGAGAAAGAAUUGAAGAUUUGAGAUUAGGAACAAAGAUUUGUGAGAACUUGUGUAGGUUUUAUUUAUUGAGAAAAGAUUUGAUAUCAAAGUUUGACCAGGUUCCUACACUGAACUACUACUGCUAUUUAUAUUAUUUUGGAUCGGGAAAAUUAUAUGACUGGGGUCAGCUGAGGCCUUAUAUUAUUUCCUUCAGACUUAUUCUCAAUUACAGCAGUAGUCAAUACUCAUUUACAACAUCAACAAAAUUGGAUUUCUUGAUGCCAGUCCAGAAAGACAAAAACUACAAGGCAAUUCACUUGGCUGACAAGACAAAACUUGAGUCUAAGUUUGAUGAGACUGUCAUUGACCUUCUGGACUAUGACAUGUUGUCUGAUAUUGAGUCAAAUGAGAAGAAGAAUAGAACUAGAUAUACUUCUAGAAAUAGACAUCCCUUGAGACUUGCUAACAAGGGACCAGAUGUCAUUGGCAAUUCUGUCUAUCUAAUCAUUUUGAGAAACACUGAGUUGUCAAAAGAAAAAAAUGCGCGUGUUGCUGCUUGCAUUCACACACACUAA